CUGAGCUCAGCUGAUCUGGAUCAAGGGGACGACUCAUCAUGAAAGUUUUCUUUCUGUGCUUCUGUGUGUGUUUGGCUCUGCCUCUUAGCUAUGCGGCUCCAGCCCACCAUGAUGGAAUAAUGGCAGAUGAACCUGAGGAUCAUUUACAUCCUAAAGGAGAGGACCACCAACUAGACCGCUGUAAAGGCAUUGAGUUUGACGCCAUCACCCCAGAUGAAAAAGGAAACACUUUCUUUUUUAAAGGUGACCAUCUCUGGAAAGGUUUCACUGGGCCCGCUGAGCUAUCAGGUGGCACAUUCAAGGAACUGGAUGAACAUAGUCACCUGGAUCACGUUGAUGCAGCUUUCCGGAUGCACCAUGGGGAUGAUCCCAAUACUCAUGACCACAUCUUUUUCUUCCUGGAUGACAAAGUAUUUAGUUAUAAAAACUACACCCUUGAGAACGGCUACCCUGUAGACAUCCAACAGGAAUUUCCUGGUAUCCCCAACCAUUUAGACGCUGCUGUUGAGUGUCCCAAAGGAGAAUGCGUCACAGAUUCAGUGUUGUUCUUCAAAGGAAAUGAAGUUUAUCACUUUGACAUCAAGACAAAAUUGACUAAGAAAAAAGUCUGGAGCCACUUGCCAAACUGCACAUCUACCUUUCGCUGGCUAGAGCAUUAUUACUGUUUCCAUGGUCACAACUUCACCAGAUUCCAUCCUAUUUCUGGGGAAGUGACAGGAGUGUAUCCCAAAGAUGCUCGGAACUACUUCAUGAGAUGUGGUGAAGGAUUCGGUCAUGGAGCUGGUACAAGAAAGCUGCAAUGCAGUGACAUCAAACUGAAUGCAAUCACCACAGAUAGUAAAGGCAGAGCAUAUGCAUUUCAGGGUUCAGUCUACAUGCGUUUGGAUACACACCGUGAAGGCAAUCAUCCUUUCCUUAUUUCCAGGCAAUGGAAGGAAAUCUCUGGUGCAGUGGAUGCAGUUUUUUCCUAUGGUGAUAAUAUGUAUAUCAUUCAGGGUGGUCAAGUUUAUAUCUACAAGUCAGAAGCACAUUACACUCUCAUAGAGGGUUACCCUAAACCUCUGAAGGAAGAGCUAGGCAUCGAUGGUCCUGUGGAUGCAGCAUUUUUGUGUGCAAAUCAGCACAUUAUACACAUUAUACAAGGUCAAAAGAUGUAUGACAUCGAUCUAAUGGCAAGCCCCAGGGCCAUUAAAAAGGAGAUGCCGAUUCCUUUCCCUAAAAUUGAUGCUGGCCUCUGUGAUGCUGAUGGGGUGAAGGUGUUCAUUGGUCCAGAAUACUAUGACUAUGGAAGCCCAAUGCUACUAGCUCUAGGCAAGGCCAGCCCUCAACCUCAUAAAAUUUCUCCAGAAAAAUUUGGCUGUGAGCAAUAAAGGCUUUUUCACAAGUUGAAU